AUGGGGGGAUUUGAUUGUUGUAAGAUGGUACAGCCAUGGCUGGCCACACCCAGAGGAGGUAUUUGCUGGCCUUUUGUAGGAAAUCUCUCUUCAGUGCAAACCCCAAUGGAAUCACCUAGAGGGAUGCAAAUAACAUUUCAAAUUUCUCGUAAUUCCUUCCUUUCCUCUUCUCUAUCUGUCCAUCCUGGAAUUGAUAUAUUCCUUGUACCAGCAGAACUACAGAAUCGGUUAUUGGUAGCAAUAAUGCAUGGAGAGGCACAUCCAUUAAAUGAUAAAAAAUCGUUGAGGAUGGAUAUUAGAAGAGAGAAUCGUGUUUUCGAUCAUUACUCAACAAUAUCUUCAUGCCGUUCUACAGAUAAUUAUGCAAUUAAUUCAGAGAAACUUGUUCCGGAAGCUAGUGCUGGUUUUCUCUGUAUGUUAGAGACAGCUGUGGAAACGUGUUCAUGUGUUCCAAUGUUAUUAGUUCUUUGGACACUUCAGAAUGACUUGAAUAGUUAUUUCCUUCGUCGUUUUAAUGCAUCCACGAUCUGUACAGUGGGCGAGUUUGAACGUUGUGUUCGUCCAUUUAUUGAAUUUGAUUAUUAUGGAAGUGAAUAUAAUCAACUACCAACUGAUACUGCAUUAUCAACAAUUAAUAAAGCUAUUAAUAAAUGCAGAAAAGAAUCUUCUGUACCUUGUCAUACAACAUAUUUCCCCACAAAAAUCCAAGAAAGAGAUUUGCCAGCAGAAUACAGAAAUACUCAAGACUAUGUUUCACGGGCAUCUAUUUCUUUUGAAACCUUUACUGUUACAGAAUUAUUUUCAGUUCCACAAAUGGAUAUUUAUCAAUUAUUUAGAGAAAUAUGUUUAAAUUUGUGGUGUUUUGCUAUUGCAUAUUUACUUUGGAGGAUAAUAAUUUGCCAUUUUUGUCACUUAUUUAAUAACAAAUUGGAAGGAAACAACAGAAUUGAACCAAAAAGUCCAAUGAUACCUCCAGUAGAAACACAACAACAACAAAAUAAUAACAACAAUAAUAAUCAUCACCAAUCAAAUGGCCAACAACAACAAAUCGUUUCAUUAUCUUCACCCAGAGGUGUUCGACAACCUUUGGUUGCUGGAAGUGCUCGUCAAUUACCUCCAUUGGCUAUUAUUGGAGAAGGGGAGUUGAAACAAAGAGGUGUUUUAGAUUGUGAUGAACGAUAA